AUGUUCGUCAGAGUCUACCACCGCUUAUUCUAUUCCACAGGCAUGUCCGAUAUCGACACUGAGCUCUUUGACCCCAUAGAAUGCGCGUCUUUGCACAAUCAACUGGUACAACGUGCCGUACAAGCAAAUCCAUCACUCCAGCCAUCCCGAGACGUACUAAGGCUGCAAAGUGAAGAUGACCCAUUGAUAUUUCGGCUCUCAGCUCAUGUCCGGAUGUUUCUCACUAUCAUAAACUCAUGGCCUGUAGAAGCAGACUUCACCGCUCUGACGCCCUUCUGCCAACCUCCCAGCUCCAGAUCCUUCUUCCAGUACAAAGCAUGGCCUCAAUUUUCCGCAUACGAAGAUGAGCUCAUACUUCUCUAUCAAGACGUUUCAGUAACCAUGGAAAAUGAAGGUGGACUUUUCUUCGAUCAAGAACGCGAAGUGGCAUGCUGGAUUGAUCCAUCUCUCGGCUUCCCCCCUGAAGACUCAUGGUUCCCACUUGCAGAAAUCUUAAGGCGUUGGCUUCUGAUGUGGGACGCUGGGAAGAUCAAGUCAGACAGAGACCUCUCGAUGCAAGAGUGGGGUGAAUGGGAGUUACAACAAUCUCUGAACGCAUGGGACGAACUUAUCACCGCGAUCGAAGAGAGAAUGCCUGCUGGCGAGAAUGAGCAUGAGAAAAGUAGCAUCGCUCUAGUCCAAAACUCGGUAGUUGAUCAGUGGGCCAACCAUUCAUUCGAACGAGCGUUUCUUGCCCAAGCGCGUGCGCCGAAGAAACCUGGAAUGAACAUCGCUCCUGGUGUAAGGGCGUGGACGACCCAGUCAUUCGAAGCGUCACAUGCCAAUGAAGCAAGCAACUGCGAGCGGAAACUCACGAUUGGUAAUAAACCUGACGAUGGUCCGUUCCGUCAGUGCCACCAUGACCGUGAUCUAGCUCCAGUGCUUCUGUUUCCUGGCGCUGCAACGGUGCCAAAGCCUGUUAGUCCGAGAGUAGACAACUUCUGGGGCCGUGGAUCUGUGCUGCUUGCGCGGACAACUGGACUGUAUCUCUAUCCGGACAAGGAUUGGGGCGAUGCGGUGCUAUUCGUCGACGGGAAAGGCGGAGAUACGUUAUUCACGUAUCAGAAUGGGUGGUGUCCUUGGAUGCGGACCAGACCAUUGGCCACUUUGAGAGAGGUUUUGACGUUCUGGAAGUUCCUUGUAGCAGACGAAGUGUGGCAGGUAGACGCAAACGGUGUAUUGGGUGGAAUAGACUAUUUCAAUAACCUGAAAGGCUCGAAGAGGGUUGUGGACCUUAAUGGAGUACAAACAGAAAUUGAUUUGCGCGCGAAUUGGAGCGUUGCCCCCGCGUUCUAG